AUGCAUCUAUAUUGGAUCGUAUUUUUCAUUGCACCAAUACUCGUCGAUGGUCAAAGUAAAAUUUCAACAACACCGCUCUUCAUGCGAGGAUUAUGGUGUGUAGCACAAUGGUCACAAUCAUCGCAAGCAUAUACACAAACUGGUCAAGCAUUUUUCUAUAAUAAUGACACAUUUACAUUCAAUUUUCUUGAUAAUUCAUCAUUUACUUGGAUCAAUCAUUUUGUUGCAAUCAAUAAUACAGAUGGAAGCGGAGGUACUUAUCAAAUAUUGACAGUGGCAACACAAGGUCCUUCACAAUAUUUAAACAAAACUUUAUGUUUUUGGCGACGACUAAUAGCAAAUGGUGAUAUUGUGUCUGGCCGUCAAUCAAAUGGCACGUGUACUCCAACAUUUGAAAAUGAUACAGCAUCUGAAACUAUUCGGUAUACAAGAAAUCCAACAACAUGUCGUCUUAUUGAUGAUGAAGAUACUAAAAUUGUUCUUUCAAGUACACCGUUCGAAGUAGAAACACUUCUUCCUUUCGAUAGAAAUUUACCAUCAGCUAAACGCCACGGUCUUGUCUUCUUCGGAAGUUCAUCUAUUGUAAAGUGGAGCACAUUAGCACAAGAUUUUCCAGAUUAUACAACAUUAAAUCGAGGUUUUGGUGGUUCGACACUUGUUCAAUGUUAUCAACAAUUUAAACGAAUUAUCUAUCCGUUAGAGCCAAGUAUAUUAAUUAUUUAUGCCGGUGAAAAUGAUAUUGCUGAUGGACAACCACCCAUUAUUGUUCAAUCAAUAUUUCGACAAUUGAUUCCAACGAUUCGGCGUUUCUAUCCAAAUAUACCUAUUGCUUAUAUUUCAUUAAAGCCAAGUCCAUCUCGUGUUAGUAAAAUGGCACAAAUGAAUGAUACAAAUAAUCGUAUUCGGAAUGAUAUUGCCUUAUUCUUUCGUGAGGUGACUUUUAUUGAUAUUUGGCCUGAUAUGCUUCUACCCAAUGGACAACCAAAUCCAGAUUUAUUCCUAUCGGAUAAUUUACAUAUGAAUAGCAAAGGCUAUGCAAUUUGGACAAAAGCAGUGACAAUAUAUCUUGAAUCAGUUUUUACCAAACGUGCAAUGCACACAAACUAA